AUGGCUCUCUCUAUAUUGACAAAACUUCUCUUGUUACUACCACUAGUGCAUCUAGUGACCCCGUUGCCGUUGGAAAGAAGAUGCAGCGCAGAAACCCUCCAAUUCCCAGAUGCCGAAACAAUAUCCUACAUUCCAGCGGGGACAAACCUGAGCCUUCCAUUCAAUGACCCUUCAUGCAACAGGCCGAACCAGGUAGUUCCUGUAGAUAUAUGUCGAGUGACGCUGUACACUGCCACGUCUUGUAGGUCCGGUGUUUAUUAUGAAGUUUGGCUGCCUUUGGAAUGGAAGGGAAGAAGAUUUCUAGGUACGGGAAAUGGUGGAAUUGACGGAUGUGAGUUUACUUCAAUAUGGGGAUAUUUCAUCCAGGGCAAGUAUAUGCCAAGGGGUUUUACGGCCAUUCUAACGACAUAUCUAGGCAUCAAGUAUGAGGACCUUGCGUAUGGGGUGAAGAAUGGGUUUGCUGUAGUCGGUUCGAAUAAUGGACACAAUGGUACUACUGCCGUGACGAUGUAUCAUAACUAUGAUGUUCAAAUCGACUUCUCAUGGAGAGCAAAGUCAUACUAUAUAGGCUGUUCUCUCGGUGGGCGGCAAGGGUUUCAAUCAGCAGUGAAGUUCCCUGAAGACUUCGAUGGCAUUGUUGCCGGAGCUCCAGGUUUAGACUUCAACAACCUGGUUUCGUGGAGAGCUGGCUUCUUCCCGCUGACUGGCAGUGUAGAGUCACCGGAUUUCAUCACCGCAAAAGCUUGGAAAACAUUUAUCCACAGGGAGGUACUGCGACAAUGUGAUGGUAUUGACGGGGUGAUGGACGGGAUCAUCGAAGACCCAUCACUCUGCCACUUUAAUGCUGAUGCACUCCUAUGCAAAUCAGGAGAAGAAACAGAUUGCUUAAGCCAAGUCCAAGUUGAUAUUGUGCGGAAGAUAUUUUCUCCACUCAUGGGCGAGGAUGGCGGAUUGAUAUAUCCAGCCAUGCAGCCGGGCAGCGAAGAGUUAGCCACCACAAAGCUGUACGCGGGGAAACCAUUCAGCUAUUCCGAUGAAUGGUUCAAAUAUGUCAUUUACAACCCGUCAUGGAACGCAUCGACGUUCACUAUACAUGAUGCCGCGGUUGCAGAAGCCCGAAACCCUGGAGGUAUUAAAACAUGGCCGACAUUCUAUGACCUAGCCGAGUACAGAGAGCGGAACGGCAAGAUUAUUGUGUACCAUGGUGGACAGGAUAAUCAGAUAACCAGCUUCAACACCGAACGAUACUAUAAUUACCUCUUGCAGUCUGACGGUGCUGGCAGUGCUAGGCACCUCGAUCGUUUUCUCCGCAUCUUUCGCAUAUCGGGCAUGUUUCAUUGCAGUGGAGGACCGGGCGCAUGGGUUCUAGGUCAGGGGGGCGGAGCUACUUCAGAAGGCAUCGAAUUCAAAGGGGAGACCAAUGUCCUCGCUGCUCUUGUUGAUUGGGUUGAAAAGGAUGUUGCACCGGAUACUAUUGAGGGUGUCAAAUUUGUGGACGACGAGAUCACAUCUGGCGUUUCACUAUGCCGAAGGCACUGCAGGUUGGUAUUCUCUCAUCUUCUUCCAUUAAGGGUAUAUACUGAUAGGUGGUGA